GGGCAGUGGUCGCGAACGCCGGAGUCGGCAGCAUGGGCUACAUCGAGUGGCAGCCCUUGAGCCGGGUCCGCUCCGUGUUCGACGUCAACACAUUCGGCGUUCUUUCCGUGUCUGCCACCUUCCUGCCGCUACUCAAGAAGGCUGGCGGAAGGCUAGUCCUCGUCAGCAGUAUUUUAGGUCGAGUUACCCUACCGGAAUGCCUGGCCUACUGCAUGACCAAGAGCGCCUGCGCAACGCUCGCCGACGGUCUCCGACGUCAGUAUCUCAACAGGGGCGUUCACGUGUGCACCGUCGAGCCCACCGCCUACAGGACGGCCAUAAUGGACCACGUCAAGAUGGAAGAGACGUACGACCGCGACAUGGAGCUGCUGCCGGAGGGCAUUCGCAGUGCCAUCAACCAUCGCUCCGUCGCGCGCUCUAAGCUCACGGCGGCUGCGCUGCAUUCGUUCAUCACGAGGGACAACGUGCAAGAGGCCGUAGACGCCAUGAAGUCGGCCGUGCGAGAACGCCUUCCACGAGCGUCGUACAAGCCGGGCGGGCUACGGGAUGCCGCCAUUCGCUUGUUCUUCGACACGACGCCGACGGACAUUGUCGACGAAGCCGUGGAAGUGGCGCGAAGGCUCGCGAUACUCACGUGGAAGAGCUAGUAGCAAUCGUCUUUUAUCUUUGCGCUAAACCGCGGUGUAAGAAAAACUAUUUUUCUUGCACCGUGCGCUCAACUCGCAUGAGUUUUGAACCCCGUCUCUAGCAAACGCAUCACAAUUUAAGCAUUAGCUGUGUAAUUGCCGCACUAAAAAAUAAAUCGCGCCAGUUCCUUCGCGCCGUGAAAACGCUAGAAACUGCGCAGCAAAGUGGAGGAUCCGCCUGCCUCCGUUGGCGCUUCGCGUGUGCUUGUCUCGGUCGAACUUGCGGGUUCGCCUUUCUCCGUUGGCGCUCGGCUUGCGUCUGAGUCUUCCGAAGCUCAGGGUUACCACGCAUUCGCUGGCGUAUCGCGUCCGCUUCUCUCUUCCGUAGAUCGGCGUCUAGCU